AUGAGGAUCGCGGGACUAUUUGUGGUGAUCACAGCGUUGAGUGGAGCAGUUGCGGUGCCGAUAGAGUCGGCCAAGGGAAAGGUGGAUCGGUAUUUGGUUCAAAUGAAGGAGCGGUUCACGGUUGAGAAGCUGUGUGCCCAGGACGACAAGGUCAAGGCUUUGAGCCACUUUAGGGACGGUAUUGACAGAAACUUCUCGUUUGGCAAUUUCGAGGCCUUUUCCGGCAAAUUCAGCAAGGAAGCGUUGCUCAGAAUGGCUUCCAAUCCGAUGGUUGCAAAAAUUGUGCCCGAUAGUCUGGUGCAAGCCGUGGACAUCGACGUCGAGUACGACGCCCCACCGCACCUUGUGAGACUCUCGCAGGACGACCCGGUCACCCCCGACGAGUCGGAGUAUUUCUAUGAUACAGAUUUUCAGGGCCAGAACGUCAACGCGUACAUCAUUGACAGCGGCGUGUUUGUGGACCAUCCCCAAUUCGAAGGACGUGCUUCCAACGGUCCCAACUACAGCGAGGACCUGACCAACGCGGAUUUCGUGGGCCAUGGAACGCAUGUUGCAGGGCUUAUUGGAUCAAAAACAUUUGGUGUAGCCAAAGAGAUCAACCUCAUCAGCGUGAAAGUGCUGGACAAGUACGGCCAAGGUUCACUUUCGUCAGUCAUUGCGGGACUCCAGUUUGCGGUCAAGCACAGAAAGGAAAGCGGAAACGUCCCGGGAGUGGCUAAUUUGUCGCUCGGAGCAGCAAAAAGCUCUGUUCUGGACGAUGCCGUUAAAGCAGCAUACCAAAGCGGAUUGGUUAUCGUUGUGGCUGCUGGAAACAGCAACAUCGACGCAUGUAACACCUCGCCAGCUGGAUCACCUUUCUCGUACACCGUGGGAGCCAUCGAUGACACUCAGGACAAGAUUGCGAGCUUCUCCAACUGGGGAAAGUGCGUUAACAUCUUCUCCAGCGGAGUCGAGGUGCAAAGUCUUUCCAACAGCCAAACGAACCUAAACAAGGUCCAAACAUUGAGCGGUACAUCUAUGGCCAGCCCUGUCGUUGCUGGCGUGAUUGGAGUUUUGCUCAGUAAAGGCGUCGGACCAGACGACAUUGUGUCUGAGAUGGACGAGAUUUCCAUCAGCUCUGCCAUUCCCCGGAUCAGUCUUCUGCUCAGACCGGGAAGCCCCAACAGAAUUGCAUCCAACGGUGUCAGAGAAGACGAUUUCGACAUGUUGCGAUUUUCCAAUAGCAGCAUCCAGUCUGUUGAUCCAGCUAGAAGUUAA